AGCUCUGCAAAAUGCUUAUUUUUUUCAUCCUAAUGGUUAACAUUUCAAAGUGCAGCUUAGAUAAAUCAGACAUUGUGGCUCAAAAUCAUCUGAAGAUUGUUCAAGCUGGAGACAGUGUUAAUUUCACCUGUAUUUUUCCAGAAGAGCCAAAAAACAGUGCUGUUUGGGUCAAACAAAGAGCUGGAGAGAAGCCCCUUUCGAUUGCUUCAUCAUAUCAAGGUUUACCUGGUCAAUAUGAAAAUUACUUUGACCAACAUAAGCGCUUUUUUUUUGUAAAAGAUGAUAGCAGUUUUAAUUUGAGCAUCAUAAACACAGAAGAAUCGGACACUGCAACAUACUAUUGCAUUAAAAAUCUUUUUAAGUUUACUUUUGGAGAUGGAACUGAUCUUAUUGUAAAAGAUGCACAACUGAACAUGCAGUCUGACCAUCAGACACCUGCCACAGAUCCAGUGCAUCCAGAAGACUCUGCAGUGGCGCUGCAGUGCACUGUCCUCACUCAGAGCUGUGCAGGAGAACACAACGUCUACUGGUUCAGACGUGAAUCUGGAGAAUCUCCUCCAGGAAUUAUAUUCACUCAGGAGCGCAGGAACGCUCAAUGUGAGAGGAGAUCUGAUGUGAAAUCUACUGCACACAAAUGUAUCUACAGCCUGCCCAAGAGGAACCUCAGUCUCUCUGAUGCUGGGAUUUACUACUGCGCUGUGGCCGCAUGUGGAGAGAUACUGUUUGGAGAUGCAAGAAAAGUUGACUUACCCGACAAAUGCUUCCAGACACACUGGACUACAGUCGCAUUGAUUAUAGCAACUUUAUCUGUGAUUGUGAUUAUCAUUAUGGGUGCACAGUUGUACAAGUACCAGCAAAAAGAUGAGAUGCAUAACACUCAGCAUGGUCAGUUGAUGGCUGAUGAAGCAGAUGUUUUGAAUUAUGCAGCUUUGAGCUUUCAACAAAAGCCCUCAACCGCAAGAAGACCCACAGAAAGAAUAUUACAAGACAAUCCAAUAUAUACACGUGAGAUAUAAAUAAAUUUGCUAGCAAUUGAAAAGUGUUCAAAGGUUUC